AUGGGUGCAUCAGGCUUAGGUUCUGCUUUAGCAAAUUGCAUUAAUCUCACGAAUUUGACACUUGACCUUGGUUGGAAUGAAAUUGGUGCAAUGGGUGCAUCAGGCUUAGGUUCUGCUUUAGCAAAUUGCAUUAAUCUCAAGAAUUUGACACUUGACCUUCGGUAAAAAUAGUUUAUUUGA